GCGCACACUCACACUCACACACACACACCCCAUCCCAUCCCAUCCACGUCCUCCUUGGAUCCUCGGUCUCUCCCUCCCCCUUCCCUCCCUCCCUCCCUCCCUCGCUCCCUCUCUCUUCUGCUCUCGUCUGCCAGCAACGGUCUACAGCCGGUCAGAACUCGUCCUUUUCCCCGGGAAUCUGCGAGCUCCCCCUUUUCCUCCGAUCUGGCGGAGGGAGCAGCUCGAAGUUUACACCCCUAUGCCGCUGCCAAAGCCGAAAGCCUUUUUCUUCAGCUGCCGCUUUUUUCUCUCCUGGUUUUUGUUUUUGUUUUUGUUUUGCACGGGGGUGGGGCAGGGUGCGUUGUUGUGGGAAAGGGGGAUGGUGGGAGGUUGGUUUUGAUUUUUUAAUUUUGCAUAUUUUUGUUUUCUUUUUUUUAAACUGGAAAAGGAUGCACAGGGGGAAAAAUUGAAAAAAAAAUUUUUAUGUUGGCUUUUGUUUACCUGGUGUGUGUGUGGCAACCAGUUCGCUCCCUCUCUCCGCUUGCUAUCCCUGACCUUUCUUUCUUUUUGCUCCUUUUCAAAAAAAAAUAUUAAUUUCCCCCUUCUGUGCAAUGGAGCGUGGGGGGGGCGGAGGGGGAAGGGUUUGAGAAUCCACCCAAGCCCGGCCCCUAUUCCCCAGAACACCAAUAAUAACCCCCUUUAAAACAUUUACCUUCCUCCCCUGCUCCUCCUCCGCCCCUCCCCCACCCGCCCCCAACUCACAACUCUGUUGAGUCCAGAAUCUCAGAAUCGAGCGUUGGGCUUGGCCGGGUGCUUCAGAUCAAUGGAUGAGUUCCACCCGUUCAUUGAGGCGCUGCUGCCUCACGUCCGCGCCUUCUCCUAUACCUGGUUCAACCUGCAGGCGCGAAAGCGCAAGUACUUCAAGAAGCAUGAGAAACGGAUGUCGAAGGAUGAGGAGCGGGCGGUGAAGGACGAGCUGCUGGGCGAGAAGCCCGAGAUCAAGCAGAAGUGGGCAUCCCGGCUGCUGGCCAAGCUGCGCAAAGACAUCCGGCCCGAGUUCCGCGAGGACUUUGUGCUGACCAUCACCGGCAAGAAGCCCCCCUGCUGUGUGCUCUCCAACCCCGACCAGAAAGGCAAGAUCCGGCGGAUUGACUGCCUGCGCCAGGCUGACAAGGUGUGGCGGCUGGACCUGGUCAUGGUGAUUUUGUUUAAGGGGAUCCCCCUGGAAAGUACUGAUGGGGAGCGGCUCUACAAGUCGCCCCAGUGCUCGAACCCCGGCCUGUGCGUCCAGCCACAUCACAUUGGAGUCACAAUCAAAGAACUGGAUCUUUAUCUGGCUUACUUUGUCCACACUCCGGAAUCGGGACAAUCAGAUAGUUCAAACCAGCAAGGAGAUGCGGACAUCAAACCACUGCCCAACGGGCACCUCAGUUUCCAGGACUGUUUUGUGACUUCCGGGGUCUGGAACGUGACGGAGCUGGUGAGAGUAUCACAGACCCCUGUUGCAACAGCAUCAGGGCCCAACUUCUCACUGGCAGACCUGGAGAGUCCCAGCUACUACAACAUAAACCAGGUGACCCUGGGGCGGCGGUCCAUCACCUCCCCUCCUUCCACCAGCACCACCAAGCGCCCCAAGUCCAUCGAUGACAGUGAGAUGGAGAGCCCCGUGGACGACGUGUUCUAUCCUGGGACAGGCCGCUCCCCUGCAGCUGGCAGCAGCCAGUCCAGCGGGUGGCCCAAUGACGUGGAUGCAGGCCCGGCUUCUCUAAAGAAGUCAGGAAAGCUGGACUUCUGCAGUGCCCUCUCCUCUCAGGGCAGCUCCCCACGCAUGGCUUUCACUCACCACCCGCUGCCUGUGCUUGCUGGAGUCAGACCAGGGAGCCCUCGGGCCACAGCCUCUGCCCUGCACUUCCCCUCCACAUCCAUCAUCCAGCAGUCGAGCCCGUACUUUACGCACCCGACCAUCCGCUACCACCACCACCACGGUCAGGACUCACUGAAGGAGUUUGUGCAGUUUGUGUGCUCUGAUGGCUCGGGCCAGGCCACUGGACAGCCCAACGGUAGCGGCCAGGGCAAAGUCCCGGGGUCAUUUUUGCUACCACCGCCGCCUCCAGUGGCCAGACCUGUGCCCCUUCCUAUGCCUGAUUCCAAAUCCACCAGCACUGCCCCAGACGGCGCCGCCUUGACUCCUCCAUCACCUUCAUUCUCAACGACAGGCGCCUCCUCUGCCAACCGGUUUGUCAGCAUCGGACCCCGGGACGGCAACUUUCUGAACAUCCCACAGCAGUCUCAGUCCUGGUUCCUCUGAUAAGAUCGACAAAGAAACAACAAAAUGAAAAAAAGAGGUUCCUCAAGGGGGUAGAAGAAAUUUUGAGACGUGGAAAAAAUCCCCCAGCCCAGCCCAGCCCCACCGAAAAGCAAAAAUUAGAUGUCGUCAGCCACUCAGCCCUUCUCUCCUCCAGCCCGGGGAUCCCCUUGGGCCCCCAAAGCAGCCCAGUUCUCAGAGAGCCCUUGGAAGGGGUCUCAGUGGAGCUGUGCACUGGCAGCCAAGCAGAAAGAAACAUACAAAAUGGGCUCUGCCAAGCAGAGGACAUAUGGAAAGAAAGGAUUCGGCAGGACUGCCUCCCUCCCCUAUCCCACCGCCGUCCGGGGAAGGAGCAGACCCCCCCCCCAACAACCAGCACCCUUCCUAGGGACCCCACCCUCACUCGGGCCGGAGUGCCCUAGGGAGCCCGGAGGACCAGCUUGGAAGAUAAUGGGGUGCAUAUUCCUAGAACCCCCUCUAUCUAGACUCCACCCCUCCUGCCCUUCCUCCUGGCCUUGGCUCUGGCUUCUGCCCCCAGCUGCUCUGGACCAGGCAGGGGGGGCUCCUGGGGUAGGCAGGGGAGAAGCCCAGAAUGGGGAGUGUCCCCUCCCGCAUCAGCCGAAGGGCAGUUCCCGGGCCAGACCCUCUGUACAGUCGACAGGAAAACGCUGGAAAGCUGACAGCCCCCCUGCCUGGUACUGGCCCCCUUUGCCCUCUCCCCACAGGCCACGAGCCAAGGGAGGUGGGCCCUGGCUGCCCCACACCCCAGCCCCGCAUGCAGGUGCCCCACAAGCGGGGGCCGGGCCCAGAGUGGAGCAGAGUGGGGACCCCGGACCCCGGAGCCCAGCGAGGAGGACAAGGCAGCCGCUAUUGCCACCCGCUAAGUCGCCACCUGCGCUUAGGUAGGCGUCCUGCUCCUCGCGGCCCGCCUGCCCGAAGACUUUCAGUUGGGGGGGGGUUGGGUGUCCUCCUUUUCAAGUGUUUUGGAGCUGUCGGUCCUCCUUCCCACUGCCCCACCCCCAUGGCCACUUCUCUCAGAAUCUUUGCCGUAAUGUCUUUCCUCUUGAUUUAGGGGUGGGGCAGUCGUCCUUUGGGUCUUUUGCUGUUGCAGUUCGGAACUCCUCCGUUUGGGAACAGUUUGGUCACACCCCACAGGAAGUAGCUCUCCCAGCCCCUCCUCCCCCGAGGACGGGGGCCCUUUCCAGAGGUCCUGCGGAAGCCCGGGGAGGGAGGGAGCUGGAGCGCCCGCCCUGCAGGUUGUGACCCAGACCCUCUGGCUUGUCUUUCUGUGCCUUACUCCUCCUCCCUGCGUCCCCUUCGUUCCCUUCUCAGUCCUUGUGCCUCUCUCCCCCUUUCUUAACGGUAUGAAAACACGAAGCACAGGUCAGGGUCCUCUGGAAAGUCAGUCCAACAUUGCACCACAUAGGGGUGGGUUAUGGGCUUUAUUUAUUGAGACUCUAGUUUGCGAGGCUGUGGCCCCAGCAGGAAGAGGAAGGAAGGAGCCGUCUGGGUAGGGAGAGGGCCGCGACCUGGCCGGGGUGCCUCCCCUACCCGGAGUCUCGAGGGGUGGGCUGGGCGGCCUCGUUGGGAAGUUGAGGAAGCCCCGCCCUCCUGGUUGCGCAGUGGAUCCCUGGGCGUGGGGCGGGGUCCUGCAGGGCUGGGGUGGGGAGUGAGGCCGGGGUGGGGGGCCGGGCGGGCCGGGCGUGACGCGCGGUCAAAGUGCAAUGAUUUUUCAGUUCGGUUGGCUAAACAGGGUCAGAGCCGAGAGCGGAGCGGAAGGGACGCCUGCCCGGCCAGCCGCACGCGCCCAUUCCGUCGACGACAAUCGGGCCCAGGGCGCCGUGGCCCGCGGGAGGGAGCGGGGUCCGCGGGCGCCGCCCGGGCGAGGUCGGAAGCUGCAGGCCAGCUGGGCCCGGGCAGGAGGUGGCGGGGACCGGGUGGGGAGAGGCGGGCGAGGGGCGACGAGGGCAUCGGGGAUGUGGGAUGUGUUAGGAGAGGAAAACCCACAAAAAAUGUAUAUGGGGGAAAUGAACUUUUUUUGUUUUUGUUUUCAUUGAACCAAGUGCAAUGCAUCAGAGUUUUCCUAUCUUUGUAUGUUAAGAGAUUGUUAAGAAAAAAAUUCUAUUUUUGUUGUUAUGUCCUCGAGGCUCUGGGGACGCUAAAAGAACUGGGCCUGCCCCGCCCUGCGCGGGGGGUAACGAAAGCUGAGUGUUUUUCCUUUUCUUUUUUGGUUCGUUUUCAUUUUAUUUUUUAAGUCGUUUUCCUGCGUUGACGAGGAUGAUUUGGGGGUUUUAUUUUUGUUGUUUGAUCUCGAUUUCAGUGGUAGGGCUGAAGGAAACGUUCAUGUUUUGGAUUUAAAAAAAACAAAAAACCUCACCUCGACAUUAAAAAAAACCAAACCCACAAAAUCAAAAAGGAAAAAAGGACGAGAGAAAAUUAUUUUUAAGAUAAACAUAAAAACCCUGGUGCUUCUUACAUUAUAAAGUACGUUUUUAAAAACCCACAAACUAUUAUACAUAAGUUUAUGAUCAGUUAAGUAUCCAGCACUUGUUAGGAACAGCAUAUCCUUUCCUGUUGAGCUUAACGGAACGGGACGCGGCGUGCGCCGGCGGCGGCGCUGCUCGGCCACGGGUCUCCCGGGUUCCCCUCCCCGGGCCCAGCGCCCUCCUCGCCCCAUCCCCAUCCCGGCUGAGGGAGCGCGGCGGGGUCCCCGGUCCCUCCCCCGCAGAGGUCAAUGCCAACGAACAAAUGUCCCCUUCCCCCCUCCCUCCCCACCCCGAGCGCCCUUCUUUGAGCCAGACGCCAACUUGACCCUCACCAGCAUUAUCAGGAGCGCGCUCAGCAAGUUGGUGAUUUCCUCCCCGUCCCCCUGUCCCUCCCCGGCGCCCCCACGCGAUGUCACGCCUCCUGUCCAGGCUCCCGGGAGCGCCCGAGGCUCGCUGCUCCAGGACAGGUCCCCGCCACGCUGCCAGGCCGAUCGGCCCAGGCCCGCGCCCGCCCGAACGCACGCACACGGCCCGCACAGCCCCCGCCCCGCCCCGCCCCGCCCGUCGACUGCCUUACACACCCGCCCCGCGCUGGCCGGCCGACCUAGUGCCUUGUUCUCACCCCCGUGCUGGCGGAGCGGACGCCGCGCUCUGGGACCCAGAGGGGCUGGGUGGCUCAGACGACUCACUUGCUUCCCCACCCCGACUGUGCCGAAUGGACCCCCCCACACACGAGAGAAAAUAAAGGAGCAAUAAAGUCACGAGAACUUUCGUCCCCCAAUCGAGAGCCCGAGGGGCACCCCAGCCCCCCCUCUGCUCCCCCCCACUCUCGGGGCGACCCCAUCCCCUCGAAAGCCAGCCUGGGCCCGCCCCGCUUCCGCCCCUCCCGGGAGAUCCGUGCGCCCGACCAGCACCAGCAUUGCGGACCGCAAGGCCGCCCGUCCCGUCAAACAAGUUUCUUCUUAGGCUAAGAAACGCAGUAUAUACGAGUAUCUCUAUAUAUAGUACUAAUGGAUUGGUGUGCUUCCCCUUAGCGCCCCUCCCUCUGCGCCUCCUCCUUCAGCCUGGUCCCCCCUCUGCCCUCCGCCCCGUCUCUGCACUGAGAUACAUAAGAAACAAGGGUAGUUUACUGUCUGUUUUGUUUUCUGGGUUUUCAGUGUCCUAGCGGAAUGCAAGUAGCCAGCCCGUCUGUCCCCUCUCGCCCUGCCCCGCCCCGCCCCCGUCACUGCGCUUCUGUUAUACCAUCUUUGCCUGACUCUCUGGCUUCUCCAUUGAAUGGCUAAUGUGUAUGUGAAAUAAAGAAAUAAAG